AUGUCUCUACAGAUAAACCAGCAGUACUGGGUGAGUCCGAAGCCCGAGCUGCGCACGUUGGAUGGCGGCGCGUGGUCCAAGGAUUCGCCCGAGGCGGUGGCUUACGUGUACUCGAUCCCGCAGCUAAACGCCAAAAUCGUCAUGCUCUGGGACGACUACCUCGUCAGGAUAAACCAGAUUACUUUCAGACGUCACAAUGCUAGCCAAGACGCCACAAUGCUGGCCAAGGUCGGAGGAAUAACGGACCCCAACCCAGCGGACUGUCUGAUAGACGUGUCCACGCCCAACCCGCAGUGGGCUCGUUACUUGGACGAGUGGGAUGCGGUGCUGCUAGAGACCACCACGCACUGGCGCUCGCUCUCCAAAGGGCCGCGCAUGGUCUACACGAACGAGAACUGGAGCAAGCUGCCGCUGGACCAAUACCAGGCGCACAGCCAAGCCCUGACGAGCGUUCGCACGCACUUUAGCAAUCGCAAGAAGCUGGGGAAAGUGCUGCCAGUGCCGUUCUUCAUGACGGCUCCCCCGCAGCACAACGCCAAGAAGGUUGGCGGCAAGGGCGUGUGCGGGUCACCUGGUCGGAUGCUGAAUGCCAAAGAGAUGGGCAAGCUACAGCGCACCAACGUGCAGAUGAAGCUCUUCCUGCCCAUCCAGCAACGGGUCUUCCCUGUCUUUCCCAUCACUCACUUUUCCAUUCCCCUCUCUCUCCCCUCCCCAUCCCCCGCCCACCCUUUCCCCUAA